ACCACACAGCAACUAAAGAAGCUUGCGAAUCUCUUCUGCCCGCCCCUUUGCGACUCUUUUCUACAAAACUAACGGAUUCGGGAGUUCAACCCCCGUAGCGGAGGAUAUUGCCAAGUGGAUUUGCACUUGGAACUGCUGCCAAAAAGCAAAUAACCACAACAAGGAAAGAAAAACACUCUCCCGACAUCUCCCAAUGGACCCGCAACCACCACACAUCCCGUUAGCCACACCAGCCCUGAGCAGCGGCCGGAGAAAAUCAGCGACCCGCUCACGACAACAGCCGCCCACAAACCUGUUCACAAUGAACGGACAGCAGGUUGAGUAUUCGAUCAGCGAUCUGCACACGGGGUCGUUGCCCAGCGCACCCGGCGUGCCCAGCAUAUCGAGCGCGCCCACCGCAUCCACCAUGCCAAGCGCACCCAACGCGGCAGGCGGACCACUACGCAAUGAGGGCGGGCGCGAGAGAAAAGCACUGAAGCCAUCAUUCUACCAGCCAAACCAGGUGCGACACCGACGGCGCACAACAAAGGAACAGCUGUUCCGGCUCGAGAACGUAUUCAAGGACGAUCCGAAGCCGGUAGCCGAGAUCCGCAAGGUUCUGUCAGACGAGCUGGGGAUGACGACGCGCGAGGUGCAGAUCUGGUUCCAGAACCGGCGUGCCAAGCAGAAGAACCAGGUCAAAAAGCCCGAGGAUACGGUGGCCGAGCAGCCGUCGUCCGGCAGCCAGCCAAGGCGACCAAGCAUGAACGAGGCGCUUACCGAUGCUUCGGGCCGUGCAUUGCGCCGCAUGUCGGAUAUCCCCCAGUCGUCAAAGCGUGCAGGCAAGGCGCACGCAUCGCCCAGCGGUCUGGCCAGGACCGAGGCCAUGGUCAAUGCAGCAUUAUCAACACCAUCCACCUCUGCCACCAAGCUCCCGGCCAUGCCGCUGUCACUGCUGGGUGGCAUGCCGGGCAUACCCAGCGUGCCGGCCACCAUGCCGAUGCCGGUGAACUUUGCCAUGGCCAGCUCCUCGACCGGCGUGCCGCAGUCGAUGAAGAAGAAGAAGAAGCGUGGGGGCAACGGCGACGACGGGCGGUACUCGUCGGCGCGCGUCUACCAUGCUACUUUUGAUGGCUCGGAGGUGCCGCCGGUCAAGGCCGAAGACCUCGAGCCCAACAGCGAUGACGAGAGGUUCAAUACGCUGGACCCGUCGAAUCUGCCCAACUUUAUGAUGCCCGGGAUGCCGCCGGUGCCGUUUGGCGGCAUCGGCAGCAACGUGCCGUCGUACCCGCAUCCGGUCAAUACCGGCAUGAUAGGCGGCGGGCCGUUCAACCCCAUGCAGCAAAGCUCAGGGCUUGCAGCAGCGCUGUUCACCGGCAUGCUCGGCACAAGCCAGCCGGCGCCUGCGCUGAGCGGGCUGUCGCUGAACACGUACGGGCUGCAAGCCAGCAUGGCUACCACCAGUGCGCCAGGUAUGCUGUCGUCGCCAACGACGACCUUGCCGUCAGCCGGCAUCAGUCCCAGUGACCUGUCCCUUGGCAGUGUCGACCCAAGCAUGGCUUUCAUCCAGACGCUGAUGGCGCUGAGCCAGCAGAGCCAGCCAAUAGCGCAGCCAUCGCUUGCCUCGCCACUGGGCGGCAGUCCGCCGGUCCUCCCGGUUCCAUCGAUGGUGUCCCCAGGCCCCAUCCCGGGCUCGGCCUUUUCGUCGUACGAUGCACGGAACCACCCGCCACCCAUGCUGCUUGCAAGCAGCACCAUGCCGGCAAUUACGGCCAGCAGCCUGCUGGCGGCCAAUGCACCCCCAGACCUGUUCGGUGCCAGCACAACGAUGCUGUAUUCGGCAGGCUCGAACCAGACCUCAUCCAGCGGGCCGUCGAGCCCUCCCUACUGAAUUUCUCAGCCAUGUAACUUGCACAUAUCAAAAAUCUGCAUCUUUCUCUUGUUUCCCUCCCUCCCACCCACAUCUCUGGAACCACGUUUUUUAUAGGAGCAAAUGUU